AUGAUUCUUAGAGUUCUUCUUCUUCGGAUGAUUUGCGUUAAUGGUCUUCUUCAAGCCGCUUCUUUUCUUCUUCUGACCGAUAAUGACGGACGAAUGUUGAAAACUUCUUCUUCUUAUGAUUCUUCUUCCACUUCUUCUUCUUCUUCUUCUAUUUCUUCUUCUUCUUCUUCUGUCGCUUCUUCUUCUUCUUCUUCUUCCAUCCGUUUAUUGAUCAAUUUAAUUUAUUGGAAUUUUCACUUUUCUUUUUCUAAUUUGGACAUUCAUUUUCUUUCAUUCUUCUUCUUCUUAUCUUUUCUUCUUCUUGCUUCUUUUCUUUUCUUCUUCUUUUCCAUCUUUUCUUCUUCCCAAAUUCUUCUUCUUCUUCUUCUUCUUCUUCUUCUUCUUCUUCUUCUUCUUCUUCUUCUUCUUCUUCCAAACUGUUUUUUCUCUCAACAUUUUGUCUUUCACUCUCUACCUUUUUCUGUUUCUUUCCCUUUGCCCAUCUAUCUUUCAUACAUUUUAAGUUUGAUGAUGUCUUUCUCUUUCACUUCUUCUCUUUCUCUCCUUCAGUCUUUAUCUCUUUUAAACACCUUUCUCUUUUUUUAUAUGACUGAUGAUAUUCUUGUUUCGCAUUCUUACAUCGUACCAUUCUCAUUCUCUCAAGGAUUUUUCACUCCCCUUGUCGUGUUAACUGCUUCUCUUUCAUUUUCUAUUUUUCUUUAUCUCGCCCAGUAUCUAUCUCCAUCUAUAUAUUUUUACUACUAUCCCUUCAUUUAUUCCUUCUUUCCUUUCUCUUCCUUUACUCUCUCUCUCUCUCUCUCUCUCUCCCUCCCUUACUCUCUAUUUCACGUUUUACUCUAUAAUCUCUUAUUUUUCUUUCUUCCUCUCCCUCUUUCUUCUCUUCUCUCUUGCUUUCCCUUCCCCCUCUCCAUCUAG